AUGCUUGGCUUUAACGAUGAUAUCACGAGCCCUCUCAGUGCUCAAAUCUUCGAUUUCUGCGAUCCACAAUUGUUUCAAGAAUCCGGAUUCACUUCUGCUUCAAACGUUCUUGAGAAAUCUGGAAGCUUCCACAGUGAUUGCGAAUACGAUAUAGCUGCUUCAAUCGAUUUCUCAUCGUCUUCUAUGCAAAAUCCAUUCAUUGAUCAUCUCCUUACAUCAACCAGGCAAGACCAGUUUAAUUUCUCAACAUCAGGAGUCCAAAUUGUUCAUCAGACUCCUAACAAUUUAUACUCUGGAGACCCUCUGGCUCUAACCGCGGUUUCCUCUGCGGCUCAUCCUCCUUUACAACUAGGUCUAUUCGAAGAAGAUUGUCUUUCUUCUGUCGCAAGUUACAAUCUUGGCUUAAACCCUACUUCUCCAUCUUGCUCUUCUUUCUUCCCUAAUUCCGGUUUACCAUCGUAUAUGGUUAAUAUGAACACCGGUUUAUUAUCUUCUGACACAAAUUCUAGCGUUUUUCCCAACCUGAGAUCGGAAAUCAACAAGCCACAUGAUCAAUUUAUGGAUUUUCAAGCUGAUAAUGGUGGAUUGUUCUGUACAGACUCCAUCAAACGCAUCCUUAAUCCAGGAGAUCUCCAGAAGGGAUUUGGUGGUGUCGAGAACCAAAGCCACUUGGUGUCACUACAGAAUCAUCCAACGUCAGGACCGGUCGAAGUAACCGGUUUAGAAGAUUCAGCGUUGAACAAAGUUGGAAAACUCUCGCCCGAGCAAAGAAAAGAGAAGAUUCAUAGUAUGCAUGUAGAAAAACUUUGGCAGAUAGUCGUCCAAGAGUAA